AUGAUUUAUGAUGAAAGUAUCCCGGGCAUUCAUCUCUUGGACACCAAAGCUGCUGGUGUGGCUGCUGCUGCAGCCGCCCCAGCUCCAGCUGCAGCUGCCACUGCUCCUGCCGCAGCUGCCACUGCUUCUGCUGCAGCAGCUGCUGCUGCCCCUCCUGCUGCUGCUGCAGAUACUGCUGCCGCUGCAGCUGCCACGGCCACGGCUGUUCCUGCAGCUGCCACGGCCAUCCCUGCAGCAGCCGCCGCCACUGCUCCUGCAGCUGCCGCUGCCGCUCCUGCAGCUGCCGCCGCCACUCCUGCUGCUGCUGCAGCUGCUCCUGCUGCUGCUGCAGCUGCUCCUGAUGCUGCAGCAGCCGCUGCUGCUCCAUCUUCUUCUGUUGGUGGGUUUUAG